UUGUAUUAAAUUUGUAUGUAAAUAUCUAAUACAAUCUAAUAAUGUAAUUAAAACCCUAAUCGCAAUCUGAUUUAAUUUUGGAAUAAAGGAUUGAAUAAAAUUUAUUGUCUUGGAGAGAUGUUGCAUCCCUUCUGCAUGUCUGUAAAUCAGGCUAUUCCUGACGAAGUCUUGGCCACAUUAUGUUCAUAUUGCAAGCUUCACAAACAUAAAUUCUUUCGGCGCUGCGCAUUUUUAAUUCCUAUUAACUAAAUAAAUCCACAAAAUGGUCACAAUCGAGCAAAUAAACAGCUAUUUUGCCAAUCUCAAUCCAGUUGCCCAAAAGAUUGCGUUCGACAUAAGCGAAGUAAAGGCGGCUUAUGAUCAUGUGUGGUUUACAUUGAAGUCAACUGAGCAAGAUGAUAUAUUGAAUGAUACUAUGAUGAAACCCGAAAUAGCUACACGAUACAAUCAAAAUAUAUUAAGUUUUAACGCUGUUCCUGAAAUAAGCGAAGAUAUGAAGAAAAAGCCAAAGCCUACGAAAUGCCAGAAAUUUAAAAAUAAUUAUUAUAAUUAUGAUAAAAAAUCUCUAAAUACAUUCAAUAUUCAAAAAGUCGGGUUAAAAAUGAUCCACGACGAGACCAUUGGCGACUACCGCGAUGAGCAUUCAUUCCCAUUCAGUUAUAAAACCCAAUCUCAAAUAAACCUAUCUGUGAUCGUUAGCAAUAGCAGUAUUUUUGUUAGUGGCGACAGUGAUCAGGUUGUCAACGAAUCAAGUAUUGGUGUUGGCAAUGCACCGAUUAUGACUGUUAAUAGCAACCAAAAAAUGGAAGACACAGGUAAUCAAAGCUUGAUUCAAAAUAAGACUACAACGGAGGAAUUCGCAUAUUUAAGCGAUGACGACCAAAAAACCAUAUUAUCCGAUUUGGGGUCGAAAAAUACUCGACAAGGUAGUUUAACUUAUUCAACUGAAAAUGAUUCCGAAGAUAGUACCAAAGAUGAAUAUGCCGAAAAAUGUAAAUUAUUGCCUGAAAAAGUUCAAAUUCCUAAGGGCUUUGAUUUUCUUAGCAAUUGGUAAAUAUUUUUUUUUCUAAAUAAUAUGUUUCUGUCGAAUAAAAAAAAGUAUUAAUACGAAUAUAAGAAAAUAA